ACUAAAAGACAUUAUGCCUACAGAAAGGAAUCUGAGAAUUGGGAAUUGCAGUGGUGCAACAGGCGAUGCCCCUCAUGCAAUGGCUCGCAUGGUACGAGAGGCCGAUGUCGAUGUGAUUACUGGCGACUGGUUAUCAGAGAUGAACAUCGCUUGGGAAUCGAUCAAGAAGGCUGAAGAUCCAGAACUCGGCUACGACUUGGGCUUCCUCAGACAGCUCACCGAGUGUAUUGAUGAUAUUGCGGAGCGAAAGACUAAGAUCAUCACCAAUGCCGGAGCGAUGAAUGCUCCAGUACUAGCUCGCAAGGUCGAGGAACUGUGUCAAAGUCGUGGUCAUGAUUUGGUGGUAGCGACGAUACUCGGCGACGAUGUAAGCCAUCUCCUGAAGAAGGGCAAGUCUGGCCAUCGAGUUCUUGACUUUCCUCACCUGGAUUAUCAAGAACAGCUUCUAGAGAAUUGGAAUGAUGAGCUCAAGCCUACCUGUGCCGCUGCAUAUAUAGGAGCGUGGGGCAUCGUCGCAGCGCUCAAAGAGGGUGCCGAUAUCGUCAUCUGUGGUCGUGUCACGGAUGCCUCGCCAGUCAUUGGUGCUGCUGCUUGGUGGUACGGCUGGUCUGAGAACUCUUAUGAUCAAUUGGCUGGAACACUAAUAGCAGGUCAUCUCAUCGAAUGUGGACCGUAUGCCACAGGAGCAAAUUUCUCUGGCUUCAAGGAGUUCCUUCCAGAGCUGGUCGACCUGGCCUUCCCAGUAGCAGAAAUCAUGCCAUCUGGGUCAUGCUAUAUCACCAAGCCUGACUCGAUGAAUGGUGUGGUCAACAAGUUCAACAUCACCUCUCAGCUGCUGUACGAGCUCCAAGGACAAAUGUACCUGAACCCUGAUGUAGUAGCGGACAUUGCCAGUAUUCGUAUCGAGAACACUGGUCGCGACAAUUGUGUUUUGGUAUCUGGUUGCAAAGGCUCUCCACCUCCUCCAACCACUAAAGUCAUGGUCGCGGCACCAGGAGGCUGGCAAGCGGAAACAACAUACUACAUCAAUGGUCUUGACGUACAAGCCAAAGCACAGAUGAUGAAGCAACAGCUCCAGAAGAUAUUCAGUGGCAGCCAGUUCUCCAAAUUCUCCGCAGAGCUCUAUGGCACCCAAGCUGAUAAUCCGUCUUCGCAACAAGCAGGUACCGUAAUGCUGCGAGUAUUUGCUCAAGCACGGCACAAAGAAGACAUUACAGCGGAAAAGUUCAAGAUACCAUUGUAUUCACUACGCAUGCAGAGUUAUCCAGGCUAUCACAUGAACCUCGACUUCCGCACCAUGGACCCAAAACAAUUCUAUGAGAUCUUCCCAGCGACGAUCCCACAAGUCGCUAUCAACCAUGAAGCUCUAGUAGCUGGAAGAAGAAUCUCAAUCGCCGCGCCAAAGAAGACACAGCAUUACCCCGUCCAGCGGCCUUCGUCAGAAACGAUGAAUCCAGUCAAUCUUGCUACCUUUGGACCCACUGAGCGUAGACCGCUAGGUAGCAUCGUGCACGCGCGCUCUGGUGACAAAGCAAACAACUCCAACGUUGGUUUCUUCGUCCGCCAUGCUGAUGAGUAUUCAUGGUUACAAUCUUUACUCACAGUGGACAAAUUAAUUGGACUGCUGCAAGAAGAUUAUGCUGGGCACAGGAUUGAGCGUUGCGAGUUUCCGAACAUCUUCGCGACCUUGACCAACGUUUCAGUUUCCCGCAUUAUGGACUUCCUCGAUGGCGGUAUCGCGUCGAGUGCUCGUAUCGAUGGCUUGGGUAAAGGUGUGGGCGAAUAUCUGCGCAGCAAGCACGUGGACGUCCCGACUAUGUUUUUGCACAGAGGCGCGAUA